GCAGUCGUCGUCGUUCAGUUCAGUCAUGCUGGUGAUGCGCUGGGGGUCGAGCCGCAGACGCUCGGCGGCGGCGUCGCGCAGGAGCUCCUCGCUGGACAUGCGGGACUCGCUGCUGCAGCAGCCGCCGCGCCCCGAGAAAAAGUGUCCGAGCUGGAACUGCCUCAAGUGCACCUCCAGCGCCGACAUGCCGUCCGAAAGGGUCUACCUGCCCCUGUGGGAACUGUCCAGCACGCCCAGGGAGAAGCGCCGCAUGGGCUACGACGUCAUCAGGCCGGCCACCACGCAAAAGACGGCCAGCGCUCGAGAAUUUCUGCCGGCCGGUGUGGCGACCUCAACUCCGCUGAGGCCAAAGUCGUUCGCGGCACCAACAGACAGUGAGACUUGGCUCGACCCUCCCGUGGGCCAGACACCGCACCACACAGCAUUCGCCAUGGACGUCAUGAAGCACGGCAGGAGACGCAGCAAGGACAACGGCGGCAACGGCAGCAGACAGACGCAGCUGCGUUCGCCCAUGGUCCAGCGGCCAUCGGCCGCCAAGGUCACCCUUCAGGGGUGGCUCUACAAGCAGGGUAGCGAGGGACUGAUGCUGUGGAAGCGCCGCUGGUUCGUGCUUUCCGAGUACUGCCUUUUCUACUACAAAGGACCGGAGGAAGAAAAAUUGCUGGGUUCAAUUUUACUGCCCUCGUACAAAAUUAGUCCGUGCGCGCCGGACGACCGCGUCUUCCGCAAGUUCUCCUUCAAAGCCGAGCACCACAACAUGCGGACGUACUUCUUCGCCGCCGACUCGCGCGAGCAGAUGGUCCGCUGGAUGAACGCCAUGAGCUUAGCAUCUAUUCUGCAAACCGCUCCGGUGCCCUCAUGGGAGGAACCAGCAUCGUCAAGCAGGCCGAGCGUGUCGUCGGUGUCGCAGAGCGCCGACGACAGCGACUCGGGCUUCCACGGCUACCGGUCGCCGCGGGCCGCCACCACCCCUCGGCAGGGCGGCGACGGCGCCAGCGCCAAGGACACCGUGGAGACCAACGGCUGGGGGCCGCAGCCGCUGUACGCCAACGCGCCACCCAAGCCCAAGAGACUGCCGCAGGGUGACUCGCCCGAGCCCAGCCCUGAGAGGCCGGCGCACCCUCAGCAACAGCAAACACCGCGCGGCGGAAUCUACGGCGUCUCGCCCAGGCAGCACCCUGAAAACCGGACGCCUGAUCCAUACGGCCGGCCAAUUGAUUACGAGGACGUGUACGGACGCAAAGGCGCUUGGCCACCACCUCCUCCUCAGGCGUACAUGAACGAGCCGCCGGCCAAGCUGGACAACUUCAGGACGUCACCGCAGGAGAACAACAAUUACUCCAAGCCCCCGCCGGACGUGACCAAGACCUACGUGAAACCGACAGGGCCCCUGCGCAACCAGGAGGCGCCCACCAAGCAACCCCCGCCCGCCACCCUGCCCAAGCAGCUCUUUAGAAUGGGCAGCCCGGCGCCCACACCGGCGGUGAAGCCCAGGCCCAAGCCCCCGGCGGGCCAUCCACCGCGGCCGCACAGCGCUGACUUUUUGGAGGUGGACGUCCGGGAGACGCCGCCGAGCGCGGUGCAGCGGAGGGAGAGAAACGGACCCCAAGGGGAGAGACCAAAGUCCAGCAUCGACGUCCACAAUGACGACUAUUGGUCUGAAGAAAGCUACGCACGGAAAAUGCGCCAGUCACUUUACAUGCACGCUCAGACCCAGUCGGGCAGGGCGACCCCCCUGCAGAAGCACAUCAUCGACAACAGGGCAAAGCCUCCAAGUCACAGCAGGUCGCCGGCUCAAUCAGAAGGUCAACCUGCUGAAGAGCAGCCCAGUUCAAUCAGGAGGCACAAAGAACAGGUGGAUAGGCACAGCAAUCAAUUUAUGAGAAGCGCCAGUGCCAGACUGCCGAGGCACAAGUCUCGGGCAGAGGCGCAUGAACAAGCAGAUGCGCCAGGCAGCGAAAAGAAAAUUCAACAACGAGAAGAGUCAAUGCAGCGACUGCUGGAAUGGAAACAGCGGAUGCUGCAGUCGCCGCUGACGCGCAAGUCAUCUCCGCGGCCGCACGACAACUCGAUGCCCCACUCGCCCCUGUCGCACCUUCUGCUGAGGACCCCUGACGCUCCUGCUACCCCUGGCAGCGACGCCGGUUCAGUGACCUUCAGACCGAGGCGGCAGCCGACCAGGGGGCCCAACUCGUCGAGCUCGAGUCGCAGUCGGAGCCAAGACCCUGGUCGGCGCUCUGCGCCUCCCAUCCACAGGCGCAACUCGUAUUCUUCGGACGACGAGGAUAUCCAGCGGGAGGCCCGCAGUAACCGGCGCCCGAGAAAGUCGGCGACCGCGUCCAGCCAGCAGGCAGGCAGAGCCUCCGACCAAGUGGACACAGAAAGACGAAGGGUGCACAACCCUUCGUCAGGUAGUGCCGUCGUGCUUCCCUCCUCCCCCGACUACGUGAAUAUUAACGCGUUUGGCGAGAAAAAGCAGCACCGCAUUCCGCCCGAUAUGCCCUACUCGCACGACUCGCACGGCUUCAGGAAGAGCGGCGACACCCUCACCAGAUACGGACCUCGUCAACCCUCCCCGAAGCCGGAACCACCCCCGGCCGUCCCUUUGCACAUGCACCCCGCCAUCGGCAAAACCACGCCGACCAUCCAGCGGCUCGCACCUUCCGAGGACCGAAAUGGAAAGCACUCGGACAGCGGCUACGACUCCCUCAGGAUGCAGAGCGCGGCGGCCGAGAUCAAAAGAACGUCGCCGCCGAAAACCGGAGUCCUCAGCCAGCCGACCGACGAGUCGCAAUUGAUUAAAGAGUUCUCCUACCAGUACAUCCACAGCAACGUGCAAGAUCUGCCGUCUCCUCCCAGCACGAAAAGUAGCCCUGAGGAAAGGUCCGCGAGCAGGGUCAAGUUCCAAACUCAGGAGAUGCCCUCCAGGUACGAGACGAGUGAGCAACUGAACAAAUUCUCCUCGCCUGACGCAAAUGACGAUGAGGAUAUGUCGAGUUUGAUAAAAGCCAGGCAGAUCAAUCUCAGGAGUUUUGCGCUGGGCGAGCCCUCCUCCGAGGAGAGCACUCCGCGGAAGCCUCUGCCGGCCAAGAAAAACGCACAGAGUGGCGGAAACAACAAGUCAGUGCGCGACCUCCUGGCCGACUUCGAACGCAAGUCGGCUGCCCUGGCGAAAGAGCAGGAAAAUAUCAACGCCAAGGAGGCCAGGCGAUGCGUCUUCAGCGACACCGAAACGCUUCUCUACGACACGUCGAGCGACGCUGAAAUUAACUACGUCCACGAGAGCAAGUUGAGGAAAAAUGCGACGGACAUGAAGCAGCAGCGGCGGUGCGUGUCGCGCGCCGGAGAGCGCAGCGACGACGACGACGAGGAAAUCGCUGCCGCGCUUGGAAUUAAGGAAAGUUUCAUCAGCUCGGGCAGAGAACUGCACGCGAAACGAAAAGAGCUGCAAAAUAAGAAAAGGAAGCAGCCAGCUAAAAAGCUGCAAGUGGAGGACUUGCACCCAUCUGGAUACAUACGUCUCAGUCUCGCGGAGUCGAUGGUGGCCCACGAGGACAGCGCGUCUUCCAGAAGCUCGCCGAGUCCCAAUCCGCGCGUCCCGGAUAGAAUAAAAUCACCAGAAAUCGCCUUGGCUUUGGCUGCGGCUGAGGAUCAUUACUUACCGAUGACUCCGUCCAAAAAGUCGAUUCUCGAGCCGGUGAACACCCCUGCUAUGCAGUUGGAAGAGUGCUCCUACGUUGAAAUGGGUGACGGUGGCAGCGUGCAAACGCUAACAAACGUUUUCGAGCAGUCGACCGACAAGCGAAUGUUUGAAAUUCAGCAGAGCUCUGCCAACGACGAGGAAUCGCAUUACGAGUUCCUCUACAAGGCCUCCACCAAUUACGAGCCAGUGUACAUGGAGGUGUCUUCGAUCGAUCCAUUGAAGCCCCUGAGCCUCUCCUUGCCGAAGAUGGACAGCUUGCCCAUAGAGCACAGCAAAACAUCGAGCACCUCCUCGAGCAGCAGGACCGUGGUCUACAACGAAAGCGCCAGCGACUCCCUCCGCGCCCUCCCGGACAUCCUCAACUCGACGUCCAGCCAAAAGGACAAGUCGGACAGUGAUGACGCGGACGACGAGGCUUCCAAGGACUUGGAGACCUUGGACACACCCCACCACCCUAGAUUUAGCUUGUCCGACACGUUCCGUCCAGCUUCCUACUACCUCGGCGUUGGAGGCCGUGGUAACGAUCCCCAAGACUCGUCAGACAGUGAUUUAGUGUCUCCCCCUCCCAUCCCUGCAACCUUGCCCCCUCUGGACGAUGACGACGAAGACUUCUCGCUCGACCUGAGUAGACAAGAGGUGCGCAAGUGGUCGGACGAGGCGUCGUUUCGACUCCGCUCGGCUCCCAGCAGGACCUCGAUGGACGGCGGCGAAGCGGACAGACUGAAAAGGAGACCCGUGUCCGAGGAACUGCUGGACAGUUUCGAGGAGAGCUCCUUCCUGACCGACUACACCAAAUACGGCAUCUCUGAAAGCGCCUAUCACAAGGAGAUAAUUGCUCAAGAGGAAAACAUGUACGCCACCAACAAGCCAGUGCCAAAAGACGUCAAGUCGGACUUGCUCUUCAGGGAGAGAUUCCCGCCUCCGGUGCAGCAAGCCAGCGCGUCUGCGGCCGAGCCUGAAAAUCAAACGCCUCCCAGGGGUCAAGGCGAGGCAUCGCCGGGCAAGAACGAGGCGAUCGGCGGAGCGCCGUAUUACUACUCGGACCUGCUCAAGGCGAUGGACGAAGAGACCAACUCGAUGUACGACAGGUUCCAGCAGCACGCCAUGAACCAGCUGCGCACCAGCUCGAGGCUAAACAACCAAAGAAGUGACGGCGUGGACGGCAAGCGACUCAGCGACAUCGGUCGCCACGUCAAUCCCAUCCCCCUGAUGCUCAACGGCCUUCUGGAUCUGAACGACCCCAACCUGAUCGCCGAGGAAAUUAGAAACACCACCGCAGGCCUCGUCUCGAAAAGUGUCCCCGUGGACGAGAGGAACAUUUACGAGUCGGACACCCUGCGGAAGAUGGCGCAGAAGCGGCACCUGCAGAGACGCAGGUCGAAGACGCCCGACCCCGACAUUGCCACGAGAAAUCUGUACCCGGUCGGUCUGCGCGACAAGUCCGAGUCCUCGUUCGAGGCACGGCGGCGCAGCAGGUCGCUGGAGGGCCUGGUGGACGCGGAGGAAAGCACGCAACCCCCUCCAGAGGCGCAAAACGAGGGCGCCGAUCCGUGGGAGGAAGACACCCUGUGGAGGGAGUCCCUGCGCAGGGUGAGCAGGGUUAGACACACCAGGUCGCUCGACGACCUGGACGAGAGCGAUCCUCCAGCAACGCCCGCCCCCGCUCCGUCCGGUCGGAGGAGCGUGGACCACCUGGCCGCAGGAGGCAGCCAGACGCGCUCUGCCAAGGUGACCAGGGACGUGACCUACGUGAACGACGCGGCGGUGCGGCCCCGCAUGAUCCGCUCCAAGGAACUGUACGAGAACGACUACCGCGAGGGGAGCAGGCGGAGCAGCUCGAGGCAGAACCAGACACCCGACGAGGACUCGGGCGUCUACGAACGCCUGCUGCCCACCGAGAGCAUGGAGCGCAACCGGCGCGGCCAGACCUUCGUGGACAGGUACGAGUUCGACGUGGACAGCGAAAUGUUCAGACAACCGACGCAGAACGGCAGCCAACAGCCGCAUUUUUUAGAGGAAAGCCUUCCUCCCUCUUUCGAGAUCGACCGCGAGAAGCUGCGCCAGUGGGACCUUCUGUCGAGCGCCCCUCUGGAGGACGGUGCCAAGCCACCGUCACCAGCUCCGGCGCGAGUUCGUCCGGCAGAGGAGGACCCUGCCGAGCCCAGCAGUGGGCCGCAGAAUCCGCAGUCCACCAGACAGGGGGGAGGGAGGCAACCUACGGCACUUACCAAACAGCCAAUUUUCAAAAGCAAAGUCCAGAGCAACCAGCAGUCAUUAGGAGGCUCAGGUUCGGGGUCGAUUCAGGAAAGCAUUCCAGCAGUUCGCAGCCACCAGCGGCAGCAGCAGCGGCCGAUGACCGUGCAGCCAACAGCCUUCACGAACCUGGAGGACCCCGUCAGCGCAAGUCACGCCGCGUUUAGGGCUGGGGCGAGGCUCUGCAGCCGCGGGGCCUCGCCCAAGGUCCCAUCGGCUGCCAGUUCGCCCCUCCCACAAGGGCUGCUCGGCCCUGACGAGGGCGUCACCAUCUCAGACACGGAACAGGCUCGCAGAUCGUUGGUUAAAGCUGGCAUGUCGCCGCUGAGCAGAAAAAUGACGGCCGGCGCGUUGCUUGGUCGCACGCACGAAGAGCUGGUGCUGCUGCUGAUCCAACUGAGGAGGGAAAGCUCCUCUUUGAGUCGGGUGGCUGAGUUGUGUCAAGCCGAAAUCCUCAGUCAGGCACGUCUGGCCGAGCUCGACGCGGCGCGCAAGGCGGAACACUUGAGGCGCCUCGAGGACCUCAAGAGGCACUUGCAGGAGAUUGAGAAACAACAUGAGAAGGGUAAGCCGCUGGUGACCCUGGUGGACAACAUGGUCAAGCUGGGCUCCAUGUACCGCGGCUCGUCCAUCAGCUCGCUGCCAAGAAGCGCUGCCAUCACGCCACCGCCGAUGCAGAGGUUCGACUUCAACAUGUACGAGCAGCGCAUCAUGGAGUGGAACAGGCUCAGUCCACCUGAGCAUGCCGAACUCCAGAUGAAAAUGCAGCAGUUGUAUCACCUUGAGCGGCAGUUGCAAGAGCAGGCGCUGAUCCUCCAGAACCUGCAGCAAGACAAAACCCUUCUGCAAAGAGCCAUGGGGGGUCUACGCCACAAACUAGCAACAUGCACCGUCGCCGAAGGUGAACUGUAUCACCAGCAGAAGCGGCUCAUGGAAACGGAAUUCAACAGGGUCAGACACCUUUUGGCCAUGCACUCCAAGAAAAUGGAGGACAUCGUCGUGGAGAACGCCAGGGUAGAACACGACAUCAUGAUGCUGCGGCAGAAGGCGGAAAACCAGAGGAUGAUGAGCAGGUCCGCCACGCCAACGAUGAUGGUCCAAGGCUCAACGGCUGUUGACUUGGAACUGGAGCUACGCAGGGUGCAGAAUCUGGUCGGUGACCUCCAGAGACAACGGCAUGACCUCAGCCUUCAGGUAAGGCAACUGACAGAAAAACGGCACAGCCUGACGCAAACGCCAGAGCUGAGGGGCAAAAUGCAUCCAGCAAGCUCGCCAGCGCACUCGCCGGCCUCGUUGCCGUCCACCCCCAGGACGCGGAGGCCGUCCUCCACGUGGUUGGAGACGGACCUCGACUCGAUGCACUCGAUAGACAGGGCGGUCGCGUCGCCAAUGUCACCACUCUACGUCAAUACGGAGAUCCUCGACUAUUCUAUGAACGGAAAGGAGCCCCUCACCCCCGACGACCUCUCUCCGCCUCCGCCCCCUGCCCCGGAAGACCCGUCCUUGUACAAUGGCUCAGCCACCACUUACUACGAGCCGCAGGACAUCAGCGAGGCUGACGACCGCAUGAAGAGGUUUUAUGGCAUCAUUCCCAAGACAGAAAAGGCUGAGAUCAAAACAGUGAGAAUCGUGAAGCGCGAGUCUGAACGGCGCAACAGGGUGAAGCAGCGGCCGAGCAUGGAGAUGGACCUGUCGAUGGGCCGCGUGAGCGAGGAGGACCACCCGCCGCCGCCCACCGCACUCGAGUUGUCGCUGCUGAUGGAGCUGCAGGCCCAGCAAGAGCAGCAACAACAGCAGCCAGUUGACCCGCACGUGUUCCAGCGUUCGCUUUCGCUGCCCCGCGGCUUUGGCAAGCAGCCUCCGCCGCCCCCGUCCAGGGCCCUCUCCCCGCGCAGCGACAUCGUCACCCUGCGAGCGCACAGGACGCUGAGCCCGCAAGGCGAGCGGCCGCUGUCGGCACACGCGCAGCUGUUCGGCGGCGCCGCCGAGGAGAGCCCGCGGCUGCUGGACGAGGGCGUGUUCGAGGGCAGCUCCAGCUCUGGCCCCGUGUCCCCCGUGUACCAGAGCGAGGCGGCCAGGGCCAUCGUGCAGGAAAUGACCCGGCGGCGGACGGUGCCCAAAACCAAGCGACGGCACCACACGGUGACCGGCGGCCAGCAGAGCAAGGCCGAUUCCAACAUGGGCUCAGGUGCUAGGGCGCGUGACGACCUGGACAUGGAACGCGCCCUGAGGCGCAGGGUAGCCGGCGCGCCAGACGUGGUGCGUUCCACCCUGAGCCAGCGGGAACUCAAGUACAACGAAACCACCAUCGACAGCAUCCUCGGCACCCCCAACAAAAUCGUGAUCCCGGAGAGAUACGUACCAGAAAAGGAGCCAGAAAUGUCCGCUGAGGAACAGCUGCAGCGGCUGCGCAAGGCAGAGUCCAUCAGGAAGAUGCUGUCGGAAACAACUCCUCUUACCUCAGAAAGUCAAGCGCAAUCUCCAACUAACGAAGGCAGCGGAGAGGAAGUCAACUCGACCAUGAAGCUCAAGCUGGCCGCGGAAAAGAAGCAGCGGGAACACAUUCUGCAGCUGAACCAACUGUUGGCGCAGCAAGUGAAGGAGAAAAGCAAAAUGGUCGCAGGCUCCUCUCAGGGCAACGGCAGGAUGUGAGAAGCCGCCGCCGCCGACCCUUCCUCCGCAGCUCGAGCCUUGGAAAUCGCGCCGUUCAAGGACGCGAGCACCGAGGACGACGACUCGUCGCCGAUUUCGGAGCUGCCGCUCAUCCAGCAGAGGGACAACUUUUUCUCCUGAGUUCCGAACAAACCACCAUCAAGGGCUACUAAAACGGAUGAUUCGUUCAUCAAAGUGCCUGCUCGUGCCAUUCAUUAUCAGUUUAGUAGACAGACGGACAAACAAUCAUAUAUACAAACACACACGCAGUAGUUGCUCACUUGAAAACGCACAACUAAAAGACGUCAAUUAAAAAAUAUGUUUUUUGUUGACAUGCUAUGUAUUUAAAUAAAGCAGAGAGUUGAUGAGAUGGUAUAAAACGUAUAUGUACGAAUAAAGAUAGGCCAUAAAUUAUUAAUUGAUCAAAAAGCGUGCCUGCCUGCGCGGGAUCUACUAUCGUUUUCAUUGUAUUAAUUUUAAAAGCUCGUAAAAACUGUUGUUAUACAAAAACACACACACUCAAGAAAUCGAUGCAUGUGUAUUUAUAAAUCUUAAACUGUUCUACCAAUGUAUUGUGAAAUAAAGAAGUGAUCAUGUGAAAAAAUAUUACGGGGAGGUUGUAAAUAGACUAUAAUUCAAUGUUUGGGGCAAUAUAAAAGAGCUGAAGUAAAAAAUGUGAAAAUAUAGAUGGAAAUAAAAGCAACAUGCCUCGUUUUUUCUAA